AUGUAUGUUGUUGGGACCCUUUUACCGCCCUUGCUGCCAACAGUUUUUACCGUUUCAGUCGGAAUUUCUGAUCAGCGUUUGAGCAAAAAAAGGAUUGCGUGUUCCAACUCCGAAGAUAUUUUGGUUGCGGGAAAGGUCCAAACGGCAUGCUUUGACAAGACUGGGACGCUUACAAAACAAGGUCUCGAUUUCGUGUCCGCGCAGUGCAUACCAACAUGGAAUGAUCCUCAUUCUCCUUCGUCCCCUCUAUCGGAUACGGUAGCUCUCGGCAUGGCGUGUUGCCACAGUCUCACGACAUCGGGUGAUGCCAUGAUUGGCAAUGCCGUUGACCGAGUGAUGUUCGCUGCGUCGGGGGCACAACAGAAUCAGUCCUGGAUUGUUCUGAAUGGAAACCGAAUGAAAGUGCUCAAACAAUUUGAUUUUUGCCACAAUCGCAUGACUCAGAGCGUGAUUGUAAAACGAGUAGACGGCUCCAUGCUGGCAAUUGUCAAGGGUAGUGGAGAGAAUGUGCAACGCGCCUGCCUGCCUGCGAGCUUGCCGCAGGAUUACGAGAGGGUUUUGAGAGAAAGCGCAAAGGCUGGUAUAUACCAGAUUUCAAUGGCUGCCAAAGUCCUGUCCCCGGCCACGAACUUGGAAGAUAUCCAACGCGACAAAGUAGAGCUUAAUAUGGAAUUCGCCGGUGUGAUAAACUUUCAGAACGUGCUCCGUGAGGAAACACCGUAUGUGAUCACUCAGCUUCAGGCAGCAGCUGUUGAAUGCCUCAUUGUAACCGGGGACGCGGUUCUAACAGGCAUCACUAUUGCGAGGGAGAGCGGUAUCAUCCCUACGGGAGCGGCAGUAUUAUGGUGCGCUAUGCCCCACAAGGACGACCGUGUCGAAUGGGUCGAUUUCGAUCAUGAAGGGCGCAUGACGGAUUUGCCAUGGUCAGCUUUACGCUCGGGGACGACGGUGUUGGCAGUCACGGGUGAUGUCUGGGACUCCCUCGAUAUCUCAUUUGUGUCGGAGCUGAGUCCGUUUGUCCGCGUUUUUGGAAGGUGCACACCCGCACACAAGGUCGCGAUCAUCUCGCAUUAUUGCGAUCAAGGCAAGAUCACGCUCAUGUGUGGCGAUGGAGGCAACGACUGUGGAGCGCUCAAGGCUGCACACGUGGGUGUGGCUCUUAGCGAUGCGGAGGCCAGUAUGGUGUCCCCUUUCACCAGUUUGGACAAGUCAAUUGUGUCGGUGACGGAGAUCCUCAAGGAAGGACGGUGUGCUUUGGCGUCGGCACUGGCCUCGUACAAGUAUGUGAUAAUGUAUGGUCAAGUAGAAGCAAUCGCAAACGUCAUGAAUGCAUACUUCAUGAUAAACCUAUCAGAGUAUUGUUGGAUGUUCAUGGACGGUUUCUGGGUCAUUUCAAUGUCUUUCACUUUGCCGCUCGGCAAAGCCGCUUCCGCUUUGGCCGAAACUAGGCCUACCGCGUCCCUCCUUGGUCCCAUUACUGCCUCGAGCGUCGUCGGUAUUCUUCUUAUCAACACUACUUUUGCAAUUAUUGCUCUCUGGAUUCUAUUUCAUCAAGAUUGGUUC